GUGAUUGCUAUACUCGGAGGCUAAAGGCAUCAUUACAUAGCGCCGAUUCCCACUCGCUCUCACUAUUUCUUGGCGAGCACCGUAUUCCCGAUGCCCCACUCCCUCUUCGUUCCUCUCACCGGUGCUUCUCAAUUUUGAGGCGUUUAAUAAUGGCGGAGAACAGCAACAGCAUGGGGGAGAGCGACAAAGAUGGAUCCGCCUCCUCUCCCGCGGUCGAGAGAAAUCUUCCUAGGGCAAGCACAAUGCCUAAAGGGACAAAAUAUGCUGAAAAAUCAGAGACUUCCUCAGAAGGACCAAAUCUAGAAAGGUCCAAAACUGAGAAACAUGGGCAAAAUAGUCCACAUGAUGACCCAACAGCCCAAUUAUUUGACGACAAGAUUCCUGACAAACAAAAGACGUUAAAUCAAAUAGCUACAGUGAAGGAUGAUGGGACUGUUGUGGUAGAUGUUCCAAGCAAUUUUGAAACCAAAUCAAUAAAUUUGAGAUCUGAGAAUAUAUAUGGUGAAGCAGUUGAUGAAGAGCCAGUAGAUUUGCCUGAUCUACAGUAUCGACCUCCGAUGCAAAUAGUCAUUCUUAUUGUUGGGACACGAGGUGAUGUGCAACCAUUUGUUGCUAUUGGAAAACUUUUGCAGGCCUAUGGUCAUCGUGUUAGGCUGGCAACUCAUGCAAAUUUCAGGGAAUUUGUUUUAACUGCUGGCUUGGAGUUUUAUCCUCUAGGUGGAGAUCCAAAAAUUCUUGCUGAAUAUAUGGUUAAGAAUAAAGGUUUCUUACCUUCUGCACCAUCGGAGAUACCUAUCCAACGGAAACAGAUUAAAGAAAUUAUAUUUUCCUUGCUUUCAGCCUGUAAGGAUCCUGAUAUUGGCACCGAUGUUCCGUUCAAAGUCGAUGCUAUAAUUGCAAAUCCACCCGCAUAUGGGCAUACACAUGUGGCUGAGGCGCUAAAAGUACCAAUUCACAUUUUUUUUACAAUGCCAUGGACACCAACUAGUGAAUUUCCACAUCCUCUUUCCCGUGUCAAGCAAUCUGUUGGAUAUAGACUCUCGUAUCAGAUUGUUGAUUCUGUGAUUUGGCUUGGAAUAUGCGACAUGAUAAAUGAUUUUAGGAAACAAAAAUUAAAGCUGCAACCUGUGACUUAUUUAAGUGGUGUACAGACUUCUGCCUCUGACAUACCUUAUGGGUAUAUCUGGAGUCCCCAUCUUGUUCCAAAACCAAAAGAUUGGGGACUCAAAAUUGAUGUGGUUGGAUUUUGUUUCCUUGACCUUGCAUCAAAUUAUGAACCGCCAGAGUCACUUGUAGAUUGGCUGAAUGCUGGUGAAAAGCCUGUUUAUAUUGGGUUUGGUAGCCUUCCUGUUCAAGAACCUGGAAAAAUGACAAAGAUUAUUGUGGAGGCACAAAAAAUUACUGGUCAAAGAGGCAUCAUCAAUAAGGGCUGGGGUGGCCUUGGAAAUUUGGCAGAACCCAAGGAUUACGUGUACCUGCUGGAUAAUGUUCCCCAUGACUGGUUAUUCCCGCAGUGUAAGGCAGUGGUGCAUCAUGGUGGUGCUGGAACAACAGCCGCUGGGCUUAGGGCUGCUUGCCCAACUACUAUUGUACCUUUCUUUGGUGACCAACCUUUUUGGGGAGAACGAGUGCAUGCCAGGGGACUGGGACCCCCACCUAUCCCUGUUGAUCAAUUUUCACUAGAAAAAUUGGUUGAUGCAAUAAUGUUCAUGAUGACACCGAAGGUGAAAGAAAAUGCUGUCCAACUAGCCAAAGCCAUGGAAACGGAGGAUGGUGUUUCUGGAGCUGUUAAAGCAUUUCUAAAGCAUCUUCCUCCAAAAAUCUCACCUCAAGUUACACCUGAACCGUCAAGCUUCGUGGAUUUCUUGGUUGCUCCUAUUAGAAGGUGUUUUUUUUCACCUCAAGUUACAUUCUGUGCAUUUUAUGUUGUUAAAGAAAGGCAUUUAUGGUGGAACAUAUAUCUAUAUGCUAGAGUACAUAUAUCUUACCCUACCAGUUAUUAAUCAUCCCAUGCCAUCCCACGUGCUGGCUUUAAUUUUACGCCAUAAUGUACACGUCCUGGCCAUUCCGGUUCGUGGAAUUCCUCGACCCCUCGGCUUUCCCAUAGAGCAAGCGACAGUGGAUCCCACGAGAGUCACUACCGUUGUGCUGCUGCCACGCCAUCGCGUCACAGGCUAAACAUAAAGGCCUAAAGCAAUGAGAACCGGUGCAUUUUGUCAUGGGCGGAACGGGACAGCAAUACACGAGAGUUGGUGGUGGGUUGGUUUAAUUGUCAACGGAAGAAGACAGAGAAAGAGAAGAUUCCUUCACUUUUAAUUUAAUUAAUUGCUCGAUCAAAGAAGUCUGUCGAAAAGUGACCCAACACAGGUCAAGUCACAAUUAAGAGACACCCCAACCUUUGUUUUCACGCAUUGCUUUGUACUAAAGUGCGGUGUUGAUUGUGCACAUCACGGAUGAUUAUAAAUUUUUUAUCAGGCCUCCUGUUUGUUUAAACAACCAACUCCAACAAUUACAUCAAAAAUCAUACUCUUAAUGAAAUUAAGUUUCCUCAUAUUUCUUUUCAUAUCACUAAUGGUAAUUAUCUAACAUCUUUUUAUAGGUUUUCUUAUCACCUGCUCGUAUCAUCAUAAAAUAUUCUGUAACACCCUUGAUUAGUCCCACAUUGAAAGUGUUACAACAUUUUGGUCAAUGGUUUGGACCAAACGAAAUUGAUAGGUCAAUUAGCCCAUUAGAUAUGAAGAUAUCAAGCCUUUGAGUGAGGGUGAUUAUAACACCCCUGAUUAGUCCCAUAUUGAAAGUUCAUCAAACCCUUAUAAGCUAAUCUUAAUCUUGCUCACUUUCAAUGUAGAACUAAUAAGAGGUGUUACCCACUUUCGAUGUGGGACUAAUCAAGGGUGUUACAUAUUCUUUCUCAUAUGAACCUCUAUCUAAAUUAUUCACUAAUAUAUAUUUUUUAAUAUAAUUUCUCUAUUCUUUAAAUAAAUAAAUCAGGAAAGAAUUUUGUAAAGAAGGGAAAAUAUAGACAGGUCAUUUUAGUCAUCAACCAAAUUGACAAUGAGAGUCGUCCCCCUUAAGAUCGAGCAAGGAUUUUAUUAAUCCUCCUUAUUGAUAUCUCUUGGGAAAACCUUGACAUUAACAAUUAGUCAAAGGAUUUUAUUAGAAUUGUUCAAAGGGUGGAUAAACUCGUGAGGCAUCACAACAAACCCAAAUUGUUUGGACCAAUUGGGAGGUAAUAACUAAUUAAUCACACGAUAUUAGUUUUCUAUACAUACAAUGCACGAGCACAUACAAAAAUACAUAUCUCUAAGCUUCAAGUCUCGCAACUAUCAAAUGAAUGAUUUAACGUGGCUAAGCGAAUGACAUUUUCUGCUUAUUAUGAUUGCAUCCAUUCUAUGAUCUAUCUAUAUUAUUGAUCUUAUCGAAUUGUCCAUGAUCAUAUCAUAUCUAAUAUUUUCUUCAUACUAUUUAUAAUAAACUUUAUGUUUUUUACCUACAUGAUAUAUUUCAUCAUCAAACCGUCAAUUAUACAAUAACCUCGUCUAUAUGAUAAAAAAAAGAAAAUCAAGAUAGCAUCACCACUAAAUCAAUAGGAUCAUUGAUUUAGUGGUGAUGCUAUCUUCAUCUUAAUUGUCCUCAUGGAGAGCAAACAAAUAAUCCAAGGUGAUGAUUUUGUGGUUAUCCUUUUGUGUGUUCAUUUAUGGUUAACCUCAAUAUUCUUAUCUAUUUUGGUGAUUCAGAUAUGAUGAGGAAAAUAAAGUUGCAUGAACUUUCAGCUUUGUAUGCUAGAUAGGUUAUAAUGAUAAAUUAUUUGUUUUCAUUCUUGUGCUACUUAAUGCUCCUAUUGAUGGAUCUUCCUGUACUGGUGCAAAUUCAGCAUUCAUGCUUGAGAAGUGAUAUUGCUUUAGCUUUGGGCUAUAUCGUAAGAAUUGCAUUAAGCAAGCAUUUGAUUAAAGUUAAUAUGACUUAUGAAGCAGAAAUUAUGUCUGUCCUAUUCUUUGUCGUUUUUCAUUGGACCUCCUCUUGUUAGCUGCUAAAGAACUUGCUCCCAAUUUCUCUGAUUAGUAUCUCACUUUACUGAGUAGAAACACUUAUGGUGAUUGGAAGUCCAUAGUCAAGACUGCAGGUAAGAUUUAGUAUUGUUGCACCUGUGGAACCAAUCUGUAAGAUCUUUGCUUUUAUGUUGCUUACAUCUAUCUAUUCAUACUUGAGCCAUACUUCUGUUAUGCUGCUAUAACUUGGAGUCUAUUUUUUUGUAGAGUGCAUGAAAUGGAGAUGAUGUCAGUGGGUCUUUCAUGGUAUAUAAGCAAUUAGGCCAUACAAAAGCAUCAUUAACAAGUACAGAGGGUUAUAAUCCCAACUAUUUGGGGUGAGCUACAUGAAUGAAUCCUUUUCAUUUAUUUCUAAUAACAGUGAUAUCCUAGUGCAUGUUCUAAUUUGUAUUGCGUGAAAAUCCAUCUUCUAAAUUAUGGCAAUGUAUUUAAUGGCUAUUAGAUGACAAACACGCUAUUCCUUCUUCUCCUUGAUUGAUAUUCAUGCUCGGGAGAAUAGAAUGUGACAUGCACUGGUGGUGUUGUUAUGUACAUGGAACUUUAAGAAGAACCUUUUUCCCCAUUUUCUUGUUAUUUCCAAUAUUGAUUUAACAUAGUCACGAUGUUUACGUUGCGAUGGAAUGUUAUCAAGCAAUUAGGCAAGCUUGAUUCUCUUAGCCUAUUUCUGUGAAUUUUGGCAUUUUGUACUGUUUAGGUCCUGAUACAUGUUAUAAAAUUCUCCUUCUGUUUCGUUUCAUAUCUGUUUCUUGUACUGUUUAAGUCCUGAUACAUUUUGUACUAUUUCUAGGUAUUUCCAAUAUCUGUUUGUUCGUAUCAGACUCGUAGUUUGUGACUUCGAUAAGUUCUAUUUUCUCGUAGCUUGUUCUUGUUAAAGAUCCAAACUGUUGGUGGAAAAUUAGACUGCCAAAAGUCGUGGAUCAUGUCUAUGAUCUUCCUUUUGUUCCAUUACUUUUUCUUCUGAUUGAGCAAACUUUUACUCCAUAGACUAUGAACGUCCUGAAAGCCACAUGCCAUUGUGCAGUUGCACAAACAUUUCACAAGAUUAGUGGGAAAUAGUAUCAUAGCUUACUCUCUCUUAUUUCAAUAGCUGACUUGAAUCUACAGCCACAUGGGAUUUACUUAAAAUUGUCUUCAGUGAAAAACCUUAAGAGAUUAAGGUGACUUUCCGGGAUACCCUGCAUGUUUUAUCAAAUAUAAUAUGAAUUUAUAAGUAGCAAAAGGAUGAUUCUUCAUUUCCUUGAAAUGCAAUGGUCUAUUCUUGGAAUUAACAGUGAAGAGUGGGUUUUCCCUUCGUAUCUGUCCAUUCUAAGGGGCAGGACACUCUGUUUCUUCUGUUCUCUCACAUCAGGUAACCAUGCUAAACCACUAUUAAACAUCAACUUGUCCCAGUAAAUUCCUAUACUGUAUAAAAGAGGCUAAACCUCCAAGAAGACUUGUUUGUUUCUUGGUGCAGAUCAUGAAGUCACUAUGAACCAGAGCAUGUCUUUAUGAGUAGUCCUUGAUUUGCUUAGUGCAGUUUGAGACUUCACCCCCAGUUCAAGGUGCUCAGUUGAUGGUGAACGCUUGGAACAGGUGUCCUGAUUUUUUGGUUGAAUAGACAUCACCUUUUGUAGUUUGGCAUCAACAUGAUAGCCAAUUCCCACACAGGUGUCUUUCAUGCUCAAAGUACCUGACAACUGUUUGACAACUGUUGUGGAUCUUCCCUGGGAACAAUCCCGUCGACAAAUAUCCACAUUGGCAAGAAUCUGCAUGAGCCACUUGGAGAUCUGUAGAUGUAGAUGGAGGACAUGUAGGUUAGCUUUCUGUCAUCAGCCUCCAGAAGAGUGGAGGAUGAGACUUGUUCCAAAUGGUCCAAGGUCCGCAAGGAGGUCAAGCCCAAUGGCUGUAGGAAGAUGUAGGGCUGGGUCACGUUCAGACUUGAAGCAAGAAAGAAGGAGCUCAGAGCUCCCUUCUCUGCAGGACGAAGAUGUAAAUGCUGGAUCCUACUGAUUCAUAUCCAAGUCAAUUAUGGCCAACAAGUCUUGGAUUCUUGUGAAAAUUCUUGUGUCAGAAACCUCAUGGUGUUCCCCCACCUAACAUUAUUUUUGUUGUUUUUCUGUACUCUGACAUGUGCAUUAUCUUCUUCAACAUUCAAAGAUCAGAUCCUGAGAGUACAAAACUUUUCAGUAUUA